AUGAAUUCACAACAAGUAGACGCAAAAUUACAUAAAGUUCAAGAGUCUGGCAUCAAGAAAAAGGCUGGUCGACCAAAACUCAACAAAGAUUCGAACGAAAACCCAGAAUACAAAAUUAAAAAUAAAGUUGGUCGAAAACCCGGACCAAAACCAACGAUCGAAAUUAUCGAACAAAGAAAAUUGAGAGGUAAAGAAUCUCAAAGAAGAUAUCAAAUGAAAAAGAAACAAGAAUUAGAAAGAUUGAGAAAUUUGGAACAAGAAUUAAAGAUAAUGAAAAGAUACAAUUCGACAGAAUAUAUUAAAGGAUUAAAAAGAUAUAUUAAAGAAUUAAAAGACGAAAGACUCACUUUUAAAAAAGAAAGUGAAGAGAUGAAAAAGGAAAAUGAAAUUCUAAAAAUGGAAAUUGAUGAAUUUAAAGUCGAAAAAAAGAAAUUAGAUAAAGAGAAAAACGAAUUUGAAGAAAUGAUAAAAGAUCUCGAAACAAAAUUCUCGAAUAAUAAAGAUAUAAAAGAAAUAGAGAUAAUUGAAGAAAAAGAAAUAAUCAAAGAAAGUGAAGAAAUGGAUUACAACGAAGAAAAAAAUGAUAAUGAUAAUAUUCAAAAUGAACAGGUAUAUAUAGGAGAAUUUAAUAUUAAUCAAUACAAUGAUUAUAUUCAAUAUUUAAAUACAGAUGUUUUGUUAGAUGAAAAUAGUCUAGUUGAUUUUGAUGAUAAUCUAUUAUCAGAAUAUAUAGAUGAAAAUAAUUACAUUCGUGAUGAUAGAGAUAAAGAUCUUUUAGUUUAUAAAUAUGAUUUUGAUUUUCUUGUAUGUUGUAAAUUUAGACCAAAAGCAAAAGUUGGUUUUAAUGAUGUUGAAAGAAUUUUUAAUGCAGCUAGUUUUUACAAUUCUCAAGGUGUGAUUAUAACAAAUACUGAUUAUUCACCUAAAGCGCAAUUUAUUGCUAAGAAAUCUAAUAUUAUUUUAUCUUAUUCAAAUAAUAUCGUUAAAGAUUUAAAUUUGUUUAUAGAAAAAAGAUUAGAUAAAGAUGAAUUAGAUAUUCUUUAUAAUAUUCUUUAUGAAUAA